AUGUCUCUAAUCAUGACCCAAAUCAGGCGUGUGGCCCACAUCGUCCUGCCUAGAAGCCCACCUCAUCCUCGCCUCCAUCGCGUUACCGCACGAACAAACCUCCGCCAAGACUGUCUAUCAAGCCUAGAAGAGGAGGUCUCCAGCCCCAACGAAAGAGCAGUUCGAAACUUCCAAAAACAGUCUCAGAUUCUCUUGCAGCAGCAGCAACAAGAACAACAACAACAACAAGAAGAAGAAGAAGAAACGACGACAUGCAACAAUGAAGAACCUCAAGCCACAGCCGGAGCUGCCAACCCCAGCCCUUCACCAAUGGUAUCCCAUCCUCGUCCAACUUCCAUUAACAUCAACAUCGAUAUACCGACAAACCCUCGAAACAAGGAAACCCCCUAUGGUGAUGAAGAAGAACAUGAAGAAAAAGAACUUCCCACAACAACAUCCCUCACAUCCAACCCCGCAAACACCCACGACCACUCAGAAUAUACUUCUUUGCACGAAUACUUGUAUAGUCAACAGCUCUAUCUUGCCGCUUCAUGGAAUGACGUACAAAUUAUGUGUCGCGCGGGCAAUUCUGCUCGAGAGAAAAGACGAUGUUGA